GUCGUGAUCGAAAGCUGCACCGGCGUCUGUGCGACAGCGAUACAUGAGCCUGGCAUCAGAGGACUAAACAGCAUGCUCCUGACAGCUUGCCUCGUAAUUGGUAGGCAUUUAUAUGACAUCUGAGUCAGCUCUCUUCCCUCUCCUGUCUGACGAAAAGAAUGUCCCGUGUCUUACAGGAGGCAUCCUGUUGCGGCCUUGCCAGGGCUCCACCAAUUAUGGAGAGCCAGCUUUCCCAGACGAGUGGAUCUUCAGACCUUCAUCGUGUUCCGUCAGUACAGGAUGUAUGUGUUGCGCUCUCAUGUGUCCUUUUUUCCUUCUCUUCCACUCAUUAGUACUACUACUACGACCCCGACGUGGAACAGAGCUUCGACAACGCGCAGAGCUCGUGUUGGAAUACAAAUACCUCCAUGAGCGGUGACCUGGUAAGGUGAGGUGGAAGUCUUAUGUAUAUCCCAGUCCACUUCCGUGUGUAUGGUUAUGCAUGUCAGCUGAUCGUGGACGACUCAUAUGAAGCUCAAUGGGUCGCGGAUCAGAUCGUCUCGGCAGGCGACCACGGCAAGAAAUUCUGGGCAGCCUUCAAACGAGUACGCAGACCAGUCAGGACGUUUAUCGAUGACAGCGUGCUCGUAUCGGCCCUUUUCGCGCUCAGCACGGGGUUACUCCUGACGGGGAGCCCCCCAUUCUGCCCGAAGUAGGAGGGACCAAAGCAGGUCAACUGACAUGCAUACUCCAUGCAUACAUACACGCGUACAUACCCACGGAGACACCAUGCGCACCCCCUUGUUCUCGUUCCCGGCUUUUCUCUGUGUCAGAUCGCCAUGGUUGGUAUCCGGCUGGCGAAUGGGAGUGGACCUCUCCGUCGAGAGGGUUAUGGGAUAUCGCAUGGAGACCUCGUCAACCUUGGGACUAUAAUAAGGGUCGUCAAGUUGCUUCCACAUUGAUAUCGAAAGCACGCUGCUGUGACCUGAUGUGCUUGAAUCUUUUACGUCAGAUUAUGGGCGCGUCGACGUCAGGAAAAUCGAGUGGGAGGAACCUUGGUAUCAGAGGAGCCAACAUGCUUCUGCUUUGUCUGGUACCAUUUGAAGCCAAUGAUCAUAUUGCAGGCGGCUGGCGCUCUCCACGAAGGAUCCUGGAAAUGACAAUCGAGCCAUCGUAAGCGACGGAGACGCCAUCGCUCCUGGAAGCAAUCUUGUCACAAUGUGCUGCUCCUUGUGCUGCUUUUGAUGCUUGAACAGUGCGAGAAGAAGCUCAGCGGCUGCAGUAGGAAAGGAAGAACACACACAUUUUUACCCCUAUUGCAUGUCUCCCUUCGUUUGUGUAGCCGAGCACCCCACUGUCAUGAUAACGACACCCACGAGCUUUCCCGACCCCAAAAAGAAAUUCGUCGACGUAACCCUGACGUUCUCGGAUGACAUUUCCGACCUCACCUUUCCAGAUUUCUCCGACUUGACAAGCUGGCAAUGUGCCGGCGGGGUAAAUGCGGCGAUAGAGGGGAUCAACUAUACGAGCAGCAACGUGAUAGAGGAGAGGCUCUGGCCCGUGCAGCCAGGCUGGCUUACGCUCCACGUGCCCAGCAAUGUUUUCACUCGCACCAGCGACGGGCUGCCCAACACUCCAUCAAACACACUCAUCGUGUACUCGGGUGCGUAUCACAGCAGGCUUUGCAGAGGGACUUGUAUAAGGGACAUAUGGUGAGCAGCGUAUGUGUGUCUGCCAGGCUGCAACACGACUUGGGGCUCGAAAAGAUCGACCAUCCCAAUGGCAAGUGACACUGCUUACUCCUGGUGGCAUUGCGGUAAGAGGUCAAGACAUUCUUUACCUCUACGGGCCUUCUCGCAAUCUGAUUCAUUCCACGUGUCAGGUCGACUCUGCUACGAUGACCCCACGUGUGAGAUGUACGCGUUCGACGCUCAGACGGGAAUCGUCGGUGGAGCGGGGGGUAACCCAGAUGCAACAGACUGUCUUCUCUACGGAGACACAGGCGAUGCGGACAUUCCAGCUGGGAGCAUGAUAACCAGCGUCAGGACAUGCGCCACCAAAACCGGUGAAGGCGGCUGGAAAUCAGACAAACGAGACAUAGUUGUGUAUGCGUCGUCUUUGUUGUCGAUCCAGACACGCAACCGCCCGAGAUAUCGUUCGUACGGAAGAUCGAUCGUCUUGGGGAUGAAGAAGACAAUGCUGUGCCCGGUGGGGCCAUCUUCGUCAAUUAUGACAGCCAAAACAACGUUCAGGUCGUGACUGAACUCCACUUCAGCGACCUAGUAGAGAACGUCGACCACAGCGAUCUCGAAAUCACAUGGACAAAUGGCGGAUCAUCUGGCUCUGUGAGCUACACGGUCGACAACGUUGUCCUGGAAAAGGUUUUAAAAAGCCCGCCGCCUUCAUGGGACCAAGAGCUAGGAGAGAAGCCGUCCAAGAAGUAUAGAUUUCAGGUGGAAAACGAGCAGGGCACUGCAAAAACAUUCCUUUGUUUUCUCUGCGGUGUUGGUAUAUGUUGAUAGCUUGCGCUCGUCAACAAGCCUGCAUGGAUCACCGCGGCCAACGUCACUAUCGGGCUCAAGGGGUCCUCCGACAUCACCGAUUACUCAGGCAACACCAUCAGCCCAUCGCAUGAGCCCAUCACCUUCGUUAUACGGCCUAGACGUGAGAAGCACAGGUGGAGAGACAGAGACAAGCGGGCACUCUUUGUCUUCUGUCAUGUACGCAGCGUGUGACACGAUGAAGAUACUGAACGACACCGACCUGGCAGGAGGCGAUCUCAUUCGCUACGGGGGAUUAAAGGAUAUGACGUUUGAGACCUGUGCAGCCAAGUGCCGAGUGCUGCCAGAGUGUGAGGGCUUCGCCUUUGGAAAGUCUUCUGACAAGUGCUAUCUCAAGUGGGGCAGCCAGGAGAUGGGGGACAAGGGGUGGCAAGAGCUCACGUCAAAACCUAACUUCGACUCUGCGUAUUUCGACUGCUCCUGUGCGGCGAACUGCUUCGGUAAUCGACCAUGUCUGUUCUUUUUGCAUCAUUGACGCAUCUAUGAUCCUGUGCAUUGCUGCCUCGCUAUGUGAAUGUGUUCAUCGAUCAGAGGUGCCGUUGCCUGAGAUCUGCGGCGACUUUGUUGUGGUUGGCGCCGAAACCUGCGAUGGUCUGCAAUCGCUUUCUUGACGCCUGACAAAGUGUCUUGACGCCUGCAAUCGUUUUCUUGUUCCUUGGACUCAGACGGGAACACUGCGGCGGGCGACGGAUGUUCAGAGACAUGCCAGACAGAACCAGGAUGGACAUGCCCCAUCCCAGGAGAGCCUUGCUGUAAGCGCAUGACAGGAUGGCAGCGAUACACUCAUUCUUGUGAGCUCUCUGCUGGCUUGCAUGUACCUUCGGUCGCCAACCUCAGUUCUUGUGACGACCACGACAACGACAUUGCCACCGUCGACAACCGCCCAACCUCCGCCAGCAACCACGGCUGCACCGACCACAGGCGCUGUUGUCCCGUCAGUGCCCACUGCACCGCCGACAAUAGCCCCUCAGCCAGAAACUUCCACGACGGAGCCGCCAAUGGCGCCCACAAGUGAGUGAGAAAGAUACGCGAGAGGCACAAUGAACGUCGACCGGCUGGCUGCUGCUGCCUGCGUGUUUGUCUUUAGCUGGUGCGCCUCCGGUGGUUGCCCCGCCGGUGGACGUGGACGAUGUCACAGACAACCUAGACGAUCUCAAAGUGAUUGGCCCCAACCGAGACACGAGACACUUGCAUCGGUCCAUGUAUGUCUCAUGUGUGCGCGUGUCUCUUUCACUUGUUGCAGAACCAGGAUGCAGUUGACGUGUCGGAUGCAGAGGACACCAUCGGCGGUCUGCUGGGCGGUGAGGGCGAGGAACCACCCACACCGCCGCCCGUCGAGUCUCCCAACGACUUCAGCUCUCGGCUCCUCAAAGCCAUCAACGUCGCCAAAGUGGCCCGCAAAGAGGACAUGGCCGGGCUGGCAAAGCCCAAUUCCACACAGGAAGAGACCAAGGCACAAAGGAAAGCCGUCGUGAAGGCACUCAUGCGCAACCUGCAAAAGGUAUAUGACGACACGCAGACAGGCAAGGACAGCACCCAAUUUCUCUGUCCUGUGUGCGGCUGGUCAGGCUGCUGUCGAUCGGUCGACAAAGUUGAGUGAUGUGUCGAGCAGCCCGGCUGAAGUGCUCUUGUCCGCCGUCACGCUGGUCACCACCGUCGAGACGGCCGAUGAGACAGGUACGGCGCGUAGAAAGGCCACAAGAUCACCUGGCCGAGGUCUGCAUCUCUUGUAUCUGCAGAGAACGACGACAUGGACACGGCGGAGGCGGGCGUCGCGACAUUCAAGGCUCUCGCGGCCGUCUCGGCGGACACCAUCUCCCAGCCCGACGACACCCCCGCGAAUGCCGUCAAGGAGCUGCAGGGCCUUCAGUACUAUCUCGAUGGGGCGGCCGGCCUCCUCAGACAGCUCAACAGGACAGCAAAGGCGGACCGACACCUUCGGCGGCUGACACCGGCUGCCAACGAGAGCUAUCACACGUUGUCAUCUGAUAUCAUCGGCACCACAGCCCAGCUGGCCGACAGCCUCGCCACACGCGCAGCCGCACACUCAAACGGCACGGCCGAAGUGGCGGGCGCCAAGACGCGGCUGAAGGUCGCCCGCACAGACACGGCCAGUGGGGCCACACUCACGAUCAAGGACACCAAUGUAGUUGUGGACAUGCCUUCAUUGCCAUCCAUCCCGCCGGCCGUGUGCGCCGAUGGUGGCGGGCUGCGCGAGAGUGUGCAGAUGACCCUCUGGGCCGACGACCCAUACGCUUAUGCCGCUGACGAGGAGCCAAUGGCCGACCUGACGGCCAACGACACUCUCACGAAUGCAGCGCAGGGCACUUUGGCUGUGUCGGCCCGACAGUGCGGCAGCGACCUGCAGCUGACGGCGGGUGACGGUCAGCAAGAGCCCUUCCGGCUGUUCAUCCCUCGCCCCUCAGCUGACAGCGUGCCGGCGGCUGGCAAUGUCUCUGUCAAUGGGACGGAGAGGGCGUACGACGUCCAUGUGGUGUGCGGCUUCUGGAACACAUCGACGCACCAGUGGGACACACAAGGUCAGCCAUGCACACGUGUGGCGCACGGAUCAAUCGGUCGACCAAUGAAUCAACGGGUGUGUGUAUAUGUGUGUAGGCUGUCAAGUGAAUUUGGCUCUGUCGAAUGAGACGACCCUCUGUUGCGAGUGUACUCACCUCACAGAAUUCUCUUCACUCUUCAGGUCAGCUGACGUGACACACCCAGGCCAUGAUGCGUGUGUGAGUGCUUGCAUUGUGUCUGCAGGAGUGUGAUUGUUGACAGCCACAUUGCAGGGGUGGUGGGUGGAGCUGGUGACUCCCUCGCCAGGAUGGCCGACAUCACCGCGUGGACACAAAACAUAGCCGCCUUCUUCGUGUCGAUAAUGAUCGCCAUACACUCCACUUGUCUGCUGCUGUCUCUCUACUUCGACUGCAAAAACCCGUAAGCACACAAAACAUGAACCACAACCGUCGUUGCUGUUCGUUGUCGGUUCGUCAGUAUCACUGAUCAGCUCUUGUUGGACAUAUGGUCAGUCAAUACACAGCGCACCGCAUCAUUGUGUUCUGAAUUUGUUAUCCACCUGUGUGAUUGGUUGGUUGUUUCAUCAGGAUGACCGAUCCACUGCUCGAGUGGGGACACCUAUACAUGUUUACUGUGUAUAUGCACCAAUGUUCUCACUCUUGUUCUGUUGUCUGCUGUGUGCCGGUUGUCGCGACAGCACACGACACAAAGCCGUAAGCACACUCAUGCCUAUACCAACGGCAGGAGAUGGACUCACAUUCCCUUCGGUCUUGGUCUUCAUGCGCAGCGGUCGAGAUUGCAGCGCAGCAUCAAUGGUUGUGUCGGCCGUCGGUGCUAUCACCCCUGGUGGUGCGACUUCCUCGUCUGCCGCAUCUUCGGCGGCAUCUACAUGCACUGCCGAAACAGAGAGCCCACUCUCCAUCUCCAGGAACUUCGGACACUCAGGUGAAUAAAAUCCCGUAACGGAAGACAUGCCAGGCCAUGAGUAUUUGUCUCUCCCUGUCCUUUUGCUAUGCUGCAGGGCGGUCCGCAGCGAUUUGCUGCAGGAGGGGGAGAAGCAGGCAACUGGAUACGGGAGCUUUAGCAGUAUCCACGAGGAGCACGCCGCGACAUCUGUCGUCAGAGCCGCACCCAAGAGGAGGGCAUCACUGCUGCAAUCGUGGUCAGACAAACAACAGAGAGGCUCACAGCCAUGGCACUAUGCUCUCAUCACUCUACAGGAUGGGCCGUCUCUACACUCUCGAUAUGUCUGCGGCGAGCAGCGAGCCAGAGACCCGCGAGAAGCUCCGCAGCAAAGUGCACGAGGAGGUGCCCUCCUUGAGUGAUUUUGUCAAGCACACGUGGACCAGACGGAGGCAGGCCGCCAAAAAACUCAUACCGGCCGAGAGCACCCUCUUUGACGACGUCCACACCGCCCCCAAAAACUGGUCGAUCAUGUCGGCAGACGAGCAGGUCAAGUCACCCACUGGCGGUGAGAUGCCGGUAGAGCAGCCGACGACCACAAGUCAACGCGAAAGUGAAGGAUCGAGUCCGCGCAAGAGAGCGCCGGCGUCAGUCCACAGCCGUGGCUUCUCGGGGACUUCAGUGGAGGAAGAGCGCACCCCGGCCUGGAGUGAGGCGACGCUCAAGCCGCAGGAUCUCCGAGAUAUUCAAGAGAUGUUGGGCGAGCGAGGCGAGCGAAGAUAUUCAGCUGGAGCCGGACUCCAGGGCGCGUGGAUUCGGAUGUUCUCAUUUGGAGGCGGCAAAAAGCAAGAGGAGGCCAGGGACGUCAGCCUUAUCAAGUAGGAAGCGAGAGACAUGACGUGUUGACGUGUGUGGCUCGACUUGUAUAUGUCUCGGUCUGUCUGCAUCGUCAUUGCAGGAGUGGCGUGCUCAAGGAGGCUUUGCGGAAGCGGCUGUUGUUGGAGCUGCAGAGGCAGCAGGCCGCCGCCGUACUCAUUCAACGCUCUUUCAGUGCCAUCCUGGAGCGUCAAAGGCAGCAGCAGCAGCAGCAACAGCGGCAGGCCGCAGCGGAAUCGCUCCUCAAUCCCACAGUCGUAGGCCUCCCGCAGACUGUCACUUCCCUGGACAACAUCGCCGGCCAGCCGCAGGACAAGUCGCCUGAUGGGAGUGCGACGGACAGCGUUGUCACGUCUCCCAUCAGCUUAGGGCGCGAGGAGAAGCCGAAUGUCAUUCCAUCCUUCUUUAGCGUUGACGACGUCACCAGCCCUGUUUCUCCAAGCAGCCCCCUUGGCGACACCAGCCCCGACGCGACAGGCGUGCCCGCACCGCUACCCACCACUGCGGCCCCCGGUUGGAGUCAGGGGGUCGACGCCAUGGAGCAAGAAGACACGGAGAGCAGCCGACCAGAGCUGCGCCGUGAUUCGACAAAGUCAGUAAUGAUCUCCAUCCCGCCCGCCGAUGGCGUCGGCAAGGGCAUGCGGCGGCGCAGCAUGUCCGCCCAGGCGACUCGUCGAAAGAGCGUGACACAGCUGUGGGUGGAUUUAAACGCCGAGGUUGACCUGAUGGUCACCCGAACACUGCGUCGUGUCGGGUAUGUGGAGUGGGGCGCUCCAAAGAUGUUCCGUGAGGUUUGCCGUCGAGACCACCCCCUCCUCAAGGUGAAAGGCAUACACACAGACGCAUGAAAGGAAGCGCGAUGGCAUUCGCUGUGUGGUUGGCUGCGUGUGGCUUGUCACAGCUCUUCAUACUCAACCCCACGUACUGAGGACGACAGACACUGAGGGAGGCACAUAACAAGAGUGGGUCCCAUUUUGUCUGAUGAGUCAGGUUCACCGCCGUGCAACGGACCCUUUUCUUUGGGAGUAUCAGUCUGGGAAUCUUGACGAUGUGCGCCGUCUUCUUCGACCAGGGCCGAUACAGCCGUCGGCAGGACGACAGCACAGUGCUGAUGGCCUGGCAGUCGGGCGGCGUGCGGUGGCUCCUCACACUCCGACAGAUCGCCGUGCUCAUCUGGUCGAUCCUGCUUUCUAAGCCCAUUCCGCUGACGCUGCUCUUCCUCUUCCGCAAAGCAGUCCCCCACAUCAUCCCGUCGGCCACUAGAGAGGGUAAUGCACCGAGAGAGACACAUUGGGGAACUGCACUGUGCAUAGUGUAUGGGUAUCGGCGUGCAGAGAUAAAGUACGGGGCGAUGGUGGGCGGCUUGCGUGCGCAGCAAAAGAUGACCGCACAGAAGUUGGCAUCGUUGCAAACGAGGCGCGCCACUGUCACGACCCUUCGACGCAUCGCCGACCUGACAGGACGCCAUUCUGGUAACGGGAUACACAGAGACAUCCAUCCAACUGAAUGCGUGUCUCUUGUCAUGUGUUGUCGGUCAGGUCAUUUCUCAUUGGAAAGGAAGAUCGCCGUGCUGGCCCGCUGGCGGCUUAAGGAACGGAUCGGCAUCACCAUUGGGUUCCUCUAUUGGUUCGCGUGCUGCUCCUUCCUGCUCCUCUUCGCAUUCUCGUCGCAGCUGGUGGAGAGCGGCCUCGAGGGCCAGCCAUCCUAUCUGAUCUAUCAGGACUUUGUGAUGGUGUGCUCGGUCGAAUUCCUAAACAGCUUUAUCCUCCAGGUAGGUCUCUUUCAGCCUUGGAGAUACUGCAGCCGAUACUCGUUCAUCUGCUUUUUUGAAAUGUUGCAGCCGAUAAUCUUCUUCUGCCUGCUGUCUCUCCUGCUGAUGGCCGUGCUGCGGGUGGCGUCCUUCGACUGGGUCGUCUGGAGCUUUCCCCACUGGUUUGACUUCACCUUCUCGGUCAGUCGGGCAGCUUAUCUGAUCUGAUCGGCACACGGGCCAUCACGUGGUUAUGAAUGUUUGUGUCUCUGCCUACGUCUAUCCAUGCAGGGUGCCCAGUCGCUGCACGAGCUGACGGUUCAAUUGCAGGCCAUCAGCGAUACACACGAACUCACACGUGGCCUCGUCGGCUUCGCCGGCUUGAAUGUCGACUCGGUUGGCAUGGUCCAGGACGUCUUCUCUUUCUAAACAACCAAAUGCAGACAGGCAAGCAUACAGACACGCACUUUGCUUUCAGAAGACGAUCGUGAGUAGGGCGUUUCUUAGUCGAUUGGUGCUUGGCAGUCGGAUUGUUCGUAGAGGGGUUUCGAUCCUUUAGGCCUGUGUGGGCCUCUUUAUUUUUGAUGUCCCAUUGGGGGAUUGCGGCGUUGGACUGUGGGUUUGAGGGAAAUUAGGCCUGAGUGGCCCCAGGCUUCGUGUAUUUUUUGUGUCUCGUGGCCGUGUUCGCUAGCAAUAAGGGACUGCAGAACUGUUACAGAAGGAAUUGCUCCCAAAGUGGUCAAAUGAAGUCAUGUAGGAG